AUGUCUGCCCGGAUCGCGACUCGACUCCUGAAACCGACCCUCGGAAACUUCCGCUCUCCGAUCAUAACAGCCUCGCAGCGGGCCUGGACAUGCCAGCAAUGCGCUCGAUGGAACAAUGGCAGCGUGCGGGGGUUAUUGCUGAGAAAUGAACGUUUCUACCAUGCUGCCACCCCUCGGUAUGCACAGGAAAGUGGUGGAGGGUCUCAGGGAGGCUACACGGCGAAGAAAGGGUCAAGAAAGGGGUUUAUAUUUGCAGCUGCUACUGGCACGCUUGGAGGCACCUUGCUCUUCUUCUACGACGACGUACGGCAUGCGUGCCGAGCGGCAGAACGGACCGGGAGAGUUCUGACCGGCUUGCUAGUCUGUAUCAAUGACUACAGGGUAACUUUGAAUCAAAAGACGGACUCCGAGGAAGAGCGGACUGCUAUCCUAAACACCUGUCAUCAAAGAUGUGCGGAUCGAACACUAAAAGUCCUCGAGAAGAACGGGUCAAUAUUCAUCAAAUUGGGCCAGCAUCUAAGUAGCUUGGGCUAUUUGCUGCCGUUGGAAUGGACCACAACUUUUAUCCCUCUCCAGGAUAAAUGCCCUGUUUCGUCCUUCGAAUCAGUACAGGAAAUGUUUCUCAAGGAUACCGGCCACACGAUAGAUGAAAUCUUUUCCAGCUUCGACCCGGAACCCAUUGGAGCUGCAUCUUUGGCGCAAGUACAUGUGGCCGUAUUGAGAGAAACUGGACAAAAGGUUGCAAUCAAAGUGCAGCAUCCAACACUCGAAGAGUGGGCUCCAUUGGACCUGAGUCUCACGCGAUUCACCUUUUCUGCUCUAAAACGAGUUUUCCCUGAAUAUGAUCUCGAGUGGCUCGCAAGAGAGAUGGAUCUUUCACUACCUCAGGAGCUGGAUUUCCAAAUGGAGGCAGAGAAUGCCAGGACGGCUCGUGAAUAUUUCAAAACCAGAACUAACGCGCCGCUCGUUAUUCCCAAAGUUAUAUGGGCAAAGAAACGCCUUCUUGUGAUGGAGUUCAUAUCGGGUCAUCGACCAGAUGACCUCGAAUUCCUUGACUCCAACAACAUCGAUCGGGACGAGGUAUCAGCCGCCCUAGCCCAUAUAUUCAAUGAAAUGAUAUUCGGUGACGGUGCCCCCUUACACUGCGAUCCCCACGGCGGCAAUAUCGCAAUCUGUAAAAACGACUCAAGAAGGGGCGGACCCAAUUUUGAUAUCGUCCUAUACGACCACGGCUUAUAUCGUACCAUCCCCAAGGAACUGCGUAUAAACUACGCUAAACUCUGGCUCGCUGUGAUUAACGCGGACGAACAGGGGAUGCGCAAAUAUGCAUAUGAGGUUGCUGGUGUAACAGACGCCGAAUUCCCGCUAUUUGCUAGCGCCAUUACUGGAAGGGAUUAUACUGUCCUUGCUAAGAAUGAAGUUGCCUCCUCACGAUCGUCCGAGGAGAAGGAAUCCAUCACUUCCGCGUUGGGAGAUGGGAUGUUGCAAGAACUAGUUAGCCUGCUGGGUAAGGUUCCUAGGAUCAUCUUGCUGAUCCUAAAAACGAAUGAUCUAACCCGAAAUCUCGAUGAAAAUCUACAUACACGCCACGGCCCUGUUCGUACCUUUCUUAUCCUAGCCAAAUAUGCCACUUGUGCUGUGUUCUCGGAAGAGAUGGAGCUCAUCGCGCAGCAAGGUAGCAUCCUCUGGCCACGGAAUUUCCUCCGCUUCCUUCACGCCUGGGUAAGCUACCUCCGUGUCGAGAUAAAGCUCGAGAUUUAUGAACAUUGGCUGUCGAUACGGAAUCGAUUCGGCCUGGCUAACCAUUGA